UCCCUUUCUUCUGGGUCGCCUAGGAAACAACUGGCUGUGACAGCUCAGUUCGGCUCGGGGCGCACGCUCAGCGUCACGUGGCGCAUGCAGGCCCAAUGGAGAUGACUGACUGCCUGAAUAAAGUUACUUUUGAUAAAGAGGCUUCUUCCGUGGAAUGAAUCCUCAUUUGCUUCCAGGAUCCAAAGCUUAAAGAAGAAAAAGCCUGAGGGUCAGGACGCUUAAAGAAGGAGUAAAGAAGUGAUUUAAGUUCCUGUGAGGAACAGAAUUAUCUACUUACACUAUACAGUGCUGUUUUAGAAAACUAGCCUCUAACCAAGAAUAAAAAUUGUUGUCAGAAUAAUAUGCGAACAGAUCAUGAAGAGCUCUGUGGCACCAGUUAUGGAUCUUUUUGUCUAAAUGGCGGGAUUUGUUAUAUGAUCCCUACUGUAUCCAGUCCAUUUUGCAGGUGUAUUGAGAACUAUACAGGAGCCCGUUGUGAAGAAGUUUUGCUACCUAGUCUCAAGACCCAAAUUAAAAGUGAACUGUUUGCAGCUUUCUUGACUUCAGUUGUUGUUCUAGGAAUUCUUGUAAUUGGAGCAUUCUACUUCCUUUGCAGGAAGGCCAACACUCGAAGGGCCAGCUCCACAGAGCGUGGUGCCAGCCUGGUUGAGACUACCAGCAGCAAUGGCUGCAACAAGAUAACAGAAUAAAACAAUAAAACAGGAACCAUGGGAGAGCAACAUGCAGAGGAACCAUAACAACAUAACAGGUGCUGUGGAGGGUCUGGUAACCAGGAUGAACAAAGAAGAAAUUAGAUACAAAUAAAUCUGCUAAUGUACUGGGAGAAGAUGGCACAUAGAUCAUAAUAAGGAAAAAUAGUUACAUUUAUCAGAGUGCCUGAUUACUUUCAAAGAAGGGAAGUCACAUUGUAGAGAAAUCAUUAGAACCGUUUUUGAAUCUUCUGUGAGCUUUCCCCUGACAAAUGUAUUGCAGACUCUGUGCAGCCAAGUAGUUCUAUCAGGGAGUUCUUUCUUUUUCCAAUGCAAAGACAGGGAGCAUGAGAAUCUUUGAGGUAUUUCACCAUGUAAAGAGUAUAUCAUCUUAAGAGGUUUUCACCAGAUCGUCCCCUCCUCACAGGAAAGCUUGGAAACAGCACAAAGAGGUCAAGGGACUGUCUCAAUCCAGUGGUUUCAAAACAUAUCUGGGAUAUAUGUACAGAAUUUGGCUGACUUCAGACAUACUCACCAGAUGUGGAUAAAAGGGCCUCUCCCUCCACUUUCUCUCCAGCUGAUAUAAGACCUACAUUUUUGUUUUAAAUAGUGAUUCAAUGGUUCCUCACACUGUCUUGAAACAUCACUUUGUUGGCCAGCCUCCUAGCUAAGAGACUUCAGCUUGAAGUAAAACAGUGUUAAGAUGAUGAAAUUCAUAACAGUUAAAGGAAAUCUACUGGGCAGAGUAAUUACCCUGUGCUUGGUAUAUGCUCCUAACACAGGACAAAGAGCCUGUCCCAAUGCUAUUCUUCCUGUCUUGACAUUUUCUUCUGAGGAUCUCAUUGCUGAGGGAGAUUUAAAUCUCACCUCAAAUCCUACAGCUGACAGAUCAGACAGUAGAAAGGAAGAACCCAAUUCCCCUGGCUCAUAUUUGAAACAAAAUCUUUCACAGCUCAGUCCACUGGAUUCAUGGAAGAAUGUGAAGCCAUUUGUGAGGGAUUAUUUGUUUUAUUCAUAUCCCUAUUUGCUGUUCACGCAAAUAGAUUAUAUAUCUCUGUCUGCUUGUUUAAAGGAUUUUCUGACUGAGGCAAAGAGAGGUGAGCUUACAUGGUCAGUCCCUAUUCCUAGCAUGACAACACUUAGAGAUUUGUUUGGUUGUAGGAGGCAUAGCAACUGGGACCUGAAUAAUCCAUUAUUUGAAAACCUUAUAGUAUUGAAUGAUGUAAUUAGCAAAAACAAAAUUUCUUUCAAUGACGACAAAAAUGGAAACUUACAUACCAAUACACUAUGGAAGGUUUAUAAGGCAGCAUUGAGGGGGAAAUUAAUUGAUUCAUUCUCUAGAAUUAAAAAGGGAAAAAAUACAGAAGACAAGUUUUUUCUCUCUGAAAUAAAAAAAUUAGAGAAGUUACACAAAAAGACAGAUGCAAGGCAAAUGCUGGCUAAGCCUCCCUCUCUUAGAGGGCAACUCUCUGUUCUGUGGCCAGAAAAAAUAGAAUGUAUUGUAUAUCAGUUUAAACAAAAGUACAAUGGGAUGGGAAAUAAGGGCCAUAACAAUUUAUCAUAUAGGCUAAAACAGGAAAAAGAAAAAAAUACUAUGAUUGGUAUCACAAAACACAAGAGUGAAAUGCAUUGUCAUACAAGUUCUUACACUGGAGAAGUUGGGCUCCCAGUUAUACCUGAACAUCUGCAGAAAGAAUUUGAGGAAGUCAAAUCAGUCAUUCAAAAUAUGCUGUCAAGUAAAGCACCUGGUAUGGAAAGGUUCUCAAUUGAAUUGUACAAAUCUUUGACUUAUCAGCUUUCCCCCAAACAUCUAAGUAAUUUUCAGGACUUCAAAACAUUAGCAGAUAUGAAGAAAGAAGUCAAUAUUGCUGUGAUUUUAAAGGCCAAAAGAUAUAAGAUUGAAUGUACUUCACCUAUGAACAUCUCAUUGUCAAAUACAGAAUUUAAGAGUUUUGCAAAGGUGUUGACAGAAUCAUUUAUGCUUAAAAUAACUAGUAUAUAUCAAAUGGGAUUUAAUCAGGGAAGACAGCUAUUAGAUAACAUUCAUAGGUUACUGGUUGUGAUCCAUUCAAGCCUAUCAAAGAUAAGGAGGUCAGAUAUGUUACUUUCACUAGAUGUGGAAAAGGUCUAUGAACAAGUUAAACGGAAGUUUAUGAAGGGACUAGGUCUAGAAAGUAAAAGAAAAAAAUGGACUGAAAUCUUAUACCAAUCUAUAAAAGCUAAACAAAGAGUCAAUAAUAAAUAUUCAGAGCCUCUCUCAUUUUGUAGAGGCCUAUGGCAAAGUUUUCCACUAUUCCCCACCUCGUUUGUAUUAACCAAGAAACCAUUUGCACAGAAAAUUAGAAAAAUUAAACAAAUACAGGAUUUAAAUGCAAAGAAGUCAAUCCAUAAAAUAGUGUUCUUUGUGGAUGAAGUCCUAUUCAUGAUUACAGAAUCCCUCAAAAGAAUGGCAUUUAGGGAGGUCAUAGGUUUUAAAAUUAAUUUUACAAAAUUGCAAGUCAUGUCAAUUUGCCUUAAAGAUCAAUGUCAGACAAGGCUACAAAUUCAUUUUAAAUUUAAGUUAGCCAAACAUCACAUAAAAGUAUGUAGUGGUCAAUGUUAUUUUCCAUUUAAUAACAUUAUAUGAAGCCACCACCUGUGCUUGUUAAAAAAAAAUUAAGAAGUGAUUGAAAAACAAAAGAUGAUUAUAGUGGUUUGGCAAAAUUAUUACCAUAACAAUAAUGUUGCUCCUGAGGAUCACUUUCCUCUUCCAGAAUAUUCCAGUAAAGGUUUGCCAUAAGAUGUUAGAAAAUCCUCCAGCUCAUUUGGGAAAACAAAAUGGCUAAAAUUAACAGGAAAACUCUUUCCAGAACUAAAUCAUAAGGUGACCUGCCUGUGCCCCAUAUAAAAGGUUCUUAUUGGGUGACCCAUCUUGAACAUUGGUAACAAGGUACACCAGAGAGAGAGAAACAGGUGGAAAGAGAACAAGAGGAGUUUCCUAUUCUACUAAUUGCUUUGAUUUUUAUUUCCAAACAUCAAGGGGAAAACAGAAGGAGGUCUACCUGGCAGAAGUCUACUUCUUACCCUAAAGUUAUGGAGAAAAUAAGAGUUAGAGAUAGCCCAGAAUCUCCCAAACUUACUGUGAUAAAAUGGAAUUCUAGUCUUCCUCAGAUCUUUUGGGUUAUUUUUUGUUUUUAAGGAAAGGAGAUGAGCUUUUGCAGAACAAUGGUUAUUUAAAAAGGGAAACCAGUGGACAGAUGAAAUACAGAAAAUGUUUGUCUCAUUAGAAAUCCUCACUUUUAAUUACUUAAUAUUUAAAAACCAUUCAUACUAUGAGUUGCUUUAGUUAGAGCCCUCACAGAAUUGGAAAAAAUAAUUAUGAAAUCUAAGGGAUCAGAAGAUACAAUUCCUGCCAGAUAUUUGGUAAUGAUUACAUUAUAAAUUAGAUAUGCAAGCGGGAGGAGUAGUUGUGUGAAGAGAUCUUUCAUGAACAGUGGUCAUGCAUGUGGCCUGGAGCAACUUUCUCUUUUAUGGUAACAUGUAGAAAAACACAAUACAAAAUCAUAUUUCACUGGUAUUUGAAAACAGAUUGAAACAUUAUAAAGAUGUUUCAAAUAUUUGCUGGAGGAAUUGUGGAUUGGUUGGUAUUCCUUCCCUUCCCUGUUUCGGACUAUCCUAAAAUCCAAGCAUACUAGUCCGGAAACACUGUCAUUCACUGGCAGUUUUACUGACGUUACCAGUUAAGCACCUAUUUAGACCACAAAACCCUGAUUUCUUAACACACUUAUUGGUAGCAGCUAUAUGCUCAGUGAAGAGCUAUGGAAAAAUAAGAAUUCCUCUAACACCCCCCCCCCACAAAAUAACACUGCAUAAGUCAAAAGAAUCUAGGAUAAAGCAUUUGUCAAUUUUUUUCCAUUAAGAGUAAUGCUAGACGGUAUGAAAUCCUUUCAGGCAUAGCUGCCUUUCUUAUAGUUUGAACAUAAAAAUCAUUCCAAUAUCAAAAGGACACUGAAAAAAUUUAAACUGUUUUUCUUUAUUAUACUUAAAGUUACCCAUUUCUCAUGUAUUCCAAAAGUAUAUACCUGGUUUUGCUUCCUUCUCGUUUGCGAUCAGAGUCUGUGUAAGACGAUGUAUCUAUGUAUCCAUAUCUCAACUGCAAAGCACAAAAUAAAAGGUUAAUAACA